AUGCCCCGGCCGUCUCUUACAAGCUCGUUCUCCGUCUCGGACGCCACCAACGAGGUCGUCUGCCCGCUAGCAAACAACGAUGGCUCGAACUGCCGCAAGCGAUGUCUAGGGGAGAAGAGGUACCGCUCGAUGCAGGAGCACAUCCGGCGGGCUCACCCGAACCACUACAUCCCCAAGCUGCCAGCUACCGAGGAGAGCUUCCAGCUCAUGGUCAACACGCCGCCGCAGCAGCCACCGCAGCAGCAGCAGCAGCAGCAGGCCUCCCAGCAGCCUCAGCAGCGCCAGCACCAGCAGCAACAGCACCAGCACCAGCUCCAGCAGCAUCACCAGCAGCAGCAGCAGCACCAGCAGCUCCAGAAGGACGUCGAGCAUCCGGCAGCUACCACGGCUGCGGUGGCGUUGGCGCAGCUGCAGCAGCACCACCGCCUGGACUGGGACUCAGAGCCGGACGAUACAGACAUCCGGUCGGUCGAGCUGCCGCCCAUCCGUGACCUCAGGGAUUCCUUUCACCCACGGCAGCGGGAGCUGCUGCCGUCCAUUCUGCAUCCGCACCAUGCCCAUACCCACUCUCCGCCAGGCCGCUCGUCGACGCUGCCGCCCAUCAACCGCAACCAGAAGAUCCAGCGGUCUCGGAAAGGGUCGCUCACGCACUCGCACUCGGCCCGCAAGGCCAAGCACGACCGCAACCGCUCCAAGGACUUCAAGGACUUUCGAGACAUCACCCGCCGCCGCUCGCUCACGAGCGCAAAGCUCUCUCCGCCAAGUCCGCAGACGGCCGCCGCCCUGGGUCCAGGGGCAAGCGGGGGGAGGACCUGA